UGCACGGUUUUUUUGUUGUGUUUGUGUGUAUUUUCGCAGGUAGCGUAACCUAAAGAAAAACGAGUGGCAGCCUACGCAUUCUCUACUAGAUCAGCCGAACGAUGCCAUAAGUGCCGACGUUUCCACGAGCAAGGUCUCGCAUUCAGUUAAGUGUGCCGCUCUGUAGUUAUUCAGCGUCAUCGGAUCACGGGGAGACGGGGUAGCACACUACGUCGGGCUUCGCGGCAUCUACAGCAGACGCCGUCGACUAGUGUGUCACACGACCCAACGUUCGUGGCUUCGGGCGAUACGCGCGUUUUGGUUUACGCUCGUCUGGAAUAGCGUCUAAAAAUGACUCGCGAGCUGCUGUCUUCGUGACGUUGUAACCUGUCAAUACGCCGUUGACAAGGAGUGGAUGAAAGACGGCUCUCGGGAGGGGACCGACCUACCCCCGCGAUCGUCACGGCCCAUUGCCUACAGGCAAAUGCUGCAUGCAUGGGACCUGCCCAUCAAGAUUUCCUGAGAUAUGGAGGGACAGUCGGGAUCGUCGAGGGACAGCGGCAUAACAGUCACGUUCAUGUCACAUCCGUCCAUAUGGCUCGCUGCACGUCUCCCGUCGGUAGUGUUGUGCGCCCUGGCCACGCUUGUGUUGACGUUCCUCGCUAUACGACAGAGUGACGAGUUCAUCAAGCAGCAGGACCAAGAGGAAGUGUUCAGAUGGCUCGACAGCGUUGGUUUUGGAGAGCACAAGCAGUUCAUAUAUGACCAAGGCUGCGACUCGCUCGCCUCCUGCUGCGACUUGCUGCUCUCCCCUUCUCCUCCUCCUCCCUCGUCGCCGACCCCCUCUCCCGGAGGAGAAGGAGGAGGACGGCCUCACCCUCUCCACUCGUUGCCUCCUCUCCCCUUCGCCUCCGGCGAGCUGUACGGCGCGCUGCGGCCCGCCGCUGAGCGGCUGCGGUCGAGGCUAGUGCUGGAGCGCUGGCUGCGCGACCGGCGCCUCCUGUCCGUCGCGGUCCGGCGGAGCGCGGGCUCGGACCCGGACUCUGCGACGAGCGACGCCGGCGGCGACCGCACGGCGUCGUCGACCGCUCGUCGUCGUCGUCGUCCAGGCGCCGCCGGGGAAGAGGGCGGCUGUGACGACGCGGAGGACGCGACCGCCGGCCCGAGGUCCACGUCGCCCGAGUGGUCCUUCUUCGGCUGGCCCGUCCCUGGAUACGGCGGGAAGCCCAGCGAGUUUCCUUUUGGAUUUGAGAGCCUCGAGCAGCUAGCGCAGCAGGUCCUCAGUGACGUCAAAAGCAAGGGCCACAGCUGGACUCCAGAAGUGGUGCGUGCUGUGAGACAGCUGCCAAACACACCCGAGGCACUCGGGGCUGCAACAGACCUCAUCUGGGAGCACAUCCUCUUUGAGCAAGAACAAAAGACAUGGGCCUUUGGGGCUAUGCUGGGUGUGUCCCUGGUGGCUUCUGUGCUCGUGGGCGUGGCCUCCCUGAUGCUGGCGCCCGCGGGGCUGCUGUGUGACCAAUCGGCUGCGGCCGCCGCGAAGCUCGGCUUCCUCAGCUACCUCACCGGGAAGUACCUCUCGCCGGCCAACUGCAAGGUCGAGUUCGACUGGACCGAGCCGCAGGUCGUAGGCUGCACACUGACCUUCUUCAUCAAGUUCUUCCAGCGCAAUGGACGCAGCUACCCAAUUUGUGACGAAGAUCCACUGCUAGUCGAAAUCGUAGCCGGCAAUGGCGCCCACAAGGUGGCAUGCAGCGUUGAGCUGGGGGGCACAGAUCCGAACCUGGCCAAUCAGGCGAGAGUCCAGUUCACGGUGCGCCGCGCUGGUCUCUGCCAUGUGUCGGUCCUCAUUGGCAUGGUGCACGUUCGGGGAUCGCCGUUUGUCAAGAACUUUCUUCCAGGUCGGCCGGACCCUCAGAAGACAGGGUUCAUUCACCACAGCUGCACGGUGGUCUGCACCCAGGACGAACCGCACCAUCUCUUCCUGGAACCCAGGGACAAGUACAACAAUGCGUGCCUUGUGGAUUCCACCACCGAUCCCAGCGAUGAGUACAGCGUCGACAUCGUCGAGGUCAGCUCAGAUAGACCCGUCACAUCCUGCUACCACUGGGAGAGCCAUCCUGAAAACUCGAGGAUAGCACUAGUGCUUAACCUCAACAAGGUUGGCUGCUACCAAGUCAAUGUCUCCUACCGCGGCACCAGCCUGAGCAAUGGAGACUUCCACGUCAUUGUGCUCUCGAAAAGCGAUGCUGCAUUGGUCAAGAAGAAUGUUGCCAAGAAAAGCCACAACAUCUGGUACGAAGCCAAGCUGAUAGCCAUGAACUGCGAGAGGCUUAGCAAACCCAAGAAGGUGUUUGUCUACGUUUCGCCAAAGCAACUCACAAUCAAGGAAUAUAUGCUCAGGAUCAUUCCAAAGAGGCUCAUCACAUUCCGACUCUGCCCCAGCACUAAGUUUCAAUUCAAAGGGAGCAACAAUCACGAAGGAGAGCCCGUGCUCGUCGUGGACGAUGGCUGUCAGCCGCAAGUUGAAAUGGUUUGCGAGGAAAGGGACGUCAUUGCCGCCACUUUCACUCAGUUCCUGCUCAAGAACAUUGGUGGGUCAGAGACCUUCAAGGACAAGUUAGAAUUUUUCCACUACGAGGUGCGGAAGCUGCAUCAGAAGCACUACCAUGACAAGCUUCAGCUGAAGGUGUCACGAGACAAGAUUCUUGAGUCUUCAAUGAAGGCGACCAAGAACUUCAGCACCAGCGACUGGUGCAAGAGCUUCGAGAUAACCUUCAUGGGAGAACAAGGUUUGGACUGGGGUGGACUUCGCCGAGAAUGGUUUGAGAUCCUCUGUGCUGCACUCUUCGACCCUGAAAACCAGCUCUUUCACCGGUUUAAGAAUGACAAGCAGGGCUUGGUUCACCCGAAUCCGCGGAGACCGGCUCACUUGAAGUUGAAGCACUACGAGUAUGCGGGCCGCAUUGUCAGCAAGUGCCUUUACGAGUCCUCGCUAGGCAGUGGCUACAGGCAACUAGUCAGGGCUCGCUUCUCCAGGUCAUUCCUUGCUCAGCUCAUCGGGCUCAGGGUUCAUUACAAGUACUUUGAACAGGACGAUCCAGACUUGUACGUGACCAAGAUAAAGUACAUUCUGGAGAACGACGUGAACGACAUGGAGCUGUACUUCUCCGAAGAAGAGUACACCAGCUCUGGGCAGCUCUUGAAGACCACGGAGCUCAUCCCUGGUGGCUCACGGAUUCGCGUCACCAACCAGAACAAGCUCAUGUACCUUGAUGCGCUGGCGCAAUAUCGGCUGGCCACCAGCGUCCGAGAGGAAGUGGAAUACUUUCUCAAGGGACUCAAUGAACUCAUUCCAGAGAACCUGCUCUGCAUUUUCGACGAAAACGAGCUAGAGCUGUUGAUGUGCGGCACUGGCCAGUUCAGCAUAGCCGACUUCAAAGCCAAUCACACAGUCAGCGGCUUUUCUUUCGAGUUCAGAAAGGUGCUGGACUGGUUCUGGACGGCGGUGUCAAACUUCACUGAGGAGGAGAUGGCGCGCCUGCUCCAGUUCACGACCGGCUGCUCCCAGCUGCCACCAGGGGGCUUUGCUGAGCUCAACCCACGCUUCCAUCUGAGUGCGGCGCCCACUUUUGGCAGCCUGCCCACGGCACACACGUGUUUCAACCAGCUCUGCCUUCCUGACUACGACUCGUACGAGCAGUUUGAGCGGGCCUUGAGGCUCUCCAUCAACGAAGGCACUGAAGGCUUCGGCAUGAUCUGAUCCGCGGCUCUGAAUCUCGCUCCGAAGCUGUUGUACCUACCAAGAAAGUUCGGUGCGUGUGUGUGUGUGUUACCGGUUGUGAAUGCGCACGACUUCGCCGCUGCAUCACGGAUUGCCGUGGUUGGUGCUACAAGAGGAGGGGCUGCAGAAUUUGAUGCCAAGUGUUGUUCCAACAGCGAAGAAGGCAACUUUGUUGGGUUUUUCUUUCUUCUUCCUUUUGUAUUUCUAGUGAAAUGGAAUUUUUGGUAGUCAGCGAGGAGCGAUGAGAUGUCAUGUGCUGUUAUUUUCGGCUGGCACAUCAACGAACACACAAUUGUGAUGUGCCUUGGUGCUUUCAUGUGCCGCACUUGUAAGCAUCGCCUGCGUACAAUUUUUUUUUCUCGUUGUGUACUUUUAUGCCAGCCCAUUGUUGACGUGUCAAAAUAUGCAACGCACACGGCAGCGCCAACUUUUCGCCACACUUCAUUCAUCGCUGCUGUGAGUUACUACGGCCCACUUUGUUUGUGCAGUGUAGUUUGUGGUGUCUUUCUGAAAUUAUUUCGUUGCCAUCAGAAGUGCAAUUUGCACUGGACGGCAACUGGUACGAAUGUAUGACAUCGUUAUCUUUCUUUUUUUGCUCAAAGCAGCAUUUAGAGAGUCCAAUAAUGACAUUCUAUAGCUUCGUUGUGUACUUAACGAUCAUUCAUUCUUCAAACACUCGCUGUAGCUAGAAGUUUCAUUAAAACUGAAGUCAUUAACUUGAAACAAGCACUGCAGAAGUGUGCCAGCUCCCCUAGCUCUAAUACCUGCCAGACCUUAGCACACGCCGAAUGCAAAUGUUUUCAAAGUUACCAUGGACUCUCUACAAAGUAGUCUUAUAGCUUUGCGCAAGGAACUGUUAAUGAACUUUAUUAGGCCUCUUGAGAGGCACAUCUUUGCAAGACAGGUGAUUCUUAGGCAAGUUGUUGUGCGUCAUGCUGGACAUGAUGUAGCACAUUAUAACAUGCCUUACCAUUCCUUUAUUUCUGCCACAUUUUAUCGUUAUGCCAUGCCAUUGAUACACAAUAACUCAAACUCUGACAAUUAAAAGUUACGUUUACUCAAUAUAAAUCUCAAAAUUUGAAGUGGCUAGCCAUCAGCCUAUGCAUAUUUAAGGUCGAUUGAUUCAAACUGGGCCUUCAGCUAGUUUGAACAAUUUGACUUCCCUUCCUAGGGAGGAACAGGGAAGCCAGAAAUGGCUUUUGAGAGGUAAAUCCUUAUUCAUAGCUGCAUGAAUAGUCAAAAGUGUGCUUGCGUUCGAUUGCCAGGACACCAUUCAUGGUGAAUGGUGCGGCUACCAGGUGGUGCCGCCAACCCAGUCACCACAAUUGCAGCCAUGUAAUACAUAUAAUAAUAUGUUAGCCUAUGAAUUCUAGAUUUUCUUUGUCUGCUCGAAAUCUGUUUGUGUAUACCUUUUCGUACAAAAGCUUGCAAUUCUGUUGACGGAUCGCAUUUUACUUAGCUUCAAAUAAUUCAGACAAAGGUCUUCGGUCCUUUAGAGCUUCAAUUACCAUGAUUCAACUGCUGUAUUUUUGUGGUGUUUGUGUCUUGACUUGCAUCUAGUGCUUCACAGCGCACUCAACUUUUGUUCUCCAUGACUCUUCCUAGUGUGGAGGAAGCGAUUGCAUUUCUGUGAGGGUUGGCCAAAUGAAACGUGGAUAAAGUGCAACAGUUUGGUCUGGCUUCUCAUUCCCGCCCAGGCAUUUACUUCUGAUAGCUCCAACACAGGCAUGCUGAUCAAAAAACAAUACUGUAUAUUGUUUUUUUUUUCCAUGUAGAUAUCCAUAUGUGAAGCUGUGCCAGUUCUUACUGCAUUACUGAACUCCUUAUGAGCGGCAAGUUCAAUAACAGAUAACAGCAUUGCUAGCCCGACCUCUGCCGCAUCCAAGUUUCAUUUGGUCGGGCCUGAUAUGUGUGUGUAUAUGUAUAUAUAUAAGAAACUCACUAUAUUCCAUUUUAGACUGCGUUAGGGGGACCACUCGAUCGACUUUAACCAAUCCAAUCGCCAUGGCGACCUUGUAGCAUUCCUUUUGAUGCGAACAAGAAAAAGCGGCUGUCUAGUCAUGUUUUGUAUGUCACGUUUUGCCGCAACUUCGAUGUUGCCUUAGGUAAACUCGCUGCUAGGGACAGCCUUUUUGCGCUUUCUCCGUAGUUCCUUUUUCAAAACCUAUAGUUCCUUGCUAAUUUAGUAAACCUCAUGAUCACAAGGGUGCCCUUUCAUUGCUGCAGUGUGCCAACUUGGGCGAGUUGGUUCUAAACGAAGACAGUCAAUAAAAAAUUUUAAAAAUAUAGGUAAGAGAAAGUGUGGGCGAUUUUAAGAACAUUGUGAACAUGGUGCAGACAACAGGUGUGUGGCAAACGGACAGCACAGACACCUGCAUGGUCUGUCUGCCUUCUGGCUAUUGACCUGUUGAUGCUGCUUAUAUAUAUAACUUCGUUGCUGACUAAGCGAAAAAAAAAAAAAGUGAUGCUGUACUUCUUGAGCAUUGCUUUCUGGCCUCUUUCGAGACAGAUGUAGAAAUUAACGCUGCUCAACUGGAAGCGGUUUCACGAAUUGCGUUCAGAAUUCGCUGAGCUGCGUCAAAAGCUUGCUGUUCACAAUACUACUAAACAACUUCUGAGCAUGAAGUGUUACACAAAGGGAGUACCGACAGAAAAGGAAUUGUCUUCUUUCCAUUUCUUUAUUGAAUGGCAGUCAACCCAGUAAUCACAAUAUGAAGCCUCAAUUCCUCGAGGGCGCAACAAUUAAUUAAUUACGUCACCUUUAAGUGCGACCAGUUCAAAACGUGCCAGGGGCAGCGGAGCUUCAGCCAUCGAAAAAGAAGAAGACUGUUCCAUGUCAUCAAUACUAUGAUGUGGCGAUCUCGUGGUACUGAACACCACUGAGGAAAGCGAAAGAAACUGUCACCCACCUGACAGUAGCACUCCGCUAAAAAGGAAACUUGUUGACCAUGGAUUAAUACUACAGUCAGAUGAAUGGGAAUUUUCUUUUUCACGAACCUUUCCUCCACCUUGUGGGAUUUGGCAGAACUAACUUGUGGAAUACCACUGACUACACAAGCACGCACACUAUGGCCAUGCUGCCAAAAGUAGAAUCUAUUCAGCAUUUGGUGAGACAAAAAGGGGAAGCCGGUUUUCCAGAAUUUCCAAGAGAGGCACACAGUUAAAAGGGCGAAUAUGCCAGCUUUCGGUGACAGUUUAUUAUAUGGCCUUCAAUUACUGUAGUGUUAGGCUGCUGAGCACGAGGUCGCGGGAUCGAAUCCCGGCCACGGCGGCCGCAUUUCGAUGGGGGCGAAAUGCGAAAACACCCGUGUACUUAGAUUUAGGUGCACGUUAAAGAAGCCCAGGUGUUCAAAAUUUUCGGAGUCCUCCACUACGGCGUGCCUCAUAAUCAGAAAGUGGUUUUGGCACAUAAAACCCCAUAAUUUUUUUUCAAUUACUGUACCGGGCCGACUGGCACACUCUUGAAAUGUGUGCGAUGCCAUGUGACCUCCACAUCCCCUGUCAGUGGCAUGAAUCGUCUUUUUUUUUCGACGCCGAAGCCACGCAGCUCUUGAUGCACGUUUUGAAUGGAUUGCGUUGAAAGUGCUGUAAUUAAUCACUUGUGGCACUUUCGAGAAAGUGAGAUUUCAUAAAGUAAUCGUCAAUUCAACUGUUACUUCAAAGAGAAAAAAAAAGGUAGGACACAAAAUUUCUUAUGUGUCGUUAUUCCUUGAACAAUGAUCAACACCCGGCAAACAAGGGAAUCCUGAGCCUGGGAGCAGUGUUUCGACAAGAGUACUUGCUUUCGUCAAGGCCUGACCUGUUUUCUUCGAGGCCUUGCUUAUCUUUAUCGGGAAUCCCCGACGAAGACCCUUUCAAAACUAUUUCGCUUGUUUGCCUGUUGCUGAUCACAUCAAGUUACCUGCUUUGGACUGCUUGACAAUGCUAUAACUACAGCGGGAGCCUCGUGAAGCUGUUAAUAUGGGAGCAUUUUCAUUCCUACCAUAGCACUUCCCUCAUGCUUUUGUCUGAAGAAUGCUUGAUGUAUGAAGGGAAUACAAGUCCGAGCCCUUAAUCUACACACCAGAUGGCUGCUUAUCACUGGCCAACAGUGCCGUGUCAUUAAAUGCAUUCUCUUUAAAGGGACACACUAAAGUGAAAAAUGAUUUCUUCAGCAUCAGUAAAUUACCGUUCUACAACACCAAAAACACAACUCUUGCAACGAUAAGACGUUUGGUAAGCGAGAAAAAGCGCUAGAACGAAAUACGGGCGGCGACGCCUACUUAAGUUCCCGCACCUGGGGGCUGUGACGUCUUGGAUUUUGAUGGCAUCUUCUAGGGCCUACUAAUUAUGUAUAGCGGUACAGAUUGAUUACAUUGUGUUCUAAUGGAACCAAAUAUUAAACAUGGCAAGUUUCGGGAACCUUUAUUCAGCCAACGUGGCCCAAAUGCGAAUACAUACUUUGGAAUCGCCGACGUCACGCUGACGUACCGGCGCUGGGGUUUGGGCGCGAAAGUCAAAUACUGAUACUUGGACCUUCAUUUUCUCAUCCAAUAAUAAAACUAUUUUUUUUAAAUGACUGCCUGUAGGGUUCUCUCAAACAAAGUUUCAUUAGUCUAAACUGAUUUAUUGUUUCGCUUUAGUGUCCCUUUAAGAGCAGGCUUCAGCUGAGAUCACAACCAGAUAUGCAUUUCCAAUGUUUUUCUCCCAUGCAAGGUAACAGUGCGACAUUUUCGCAAGGAGAGUUCCACAAGUUGCUGCUGAUCUCGUCAAAGGUUUGUUUGGUGGAAAUUGCACAACUCGCCUGUUCACCCAUGGCGUGUGUUGUCUUGCACAAGUGGGACUUUCUGCAGAGUCGGUACAGUGCCAGAAAUUGAUAGCGGAAUUAGCGUCGACAAGCGCUUUAACAUGCUUGUGUGACAGUGGCGUUAGUAUUGUUUCUACGUGGGUUACCGAGCAGGAACCCUUUGAGCACAUGGCACGCAUGGUGCGCGCUAGUAUAAAAGGGGAAUGCCUCAUUUGCCGUCAAGGUCAUUAAAGAGACACUUAAGACCAGCAUAAAUCAGUUUAACUUAGACUUUUUUAGAAGUUAUUAGAAAUUGUUUUUUGUUUUUUCAUAAAUAUUUUCAUUUAUGUUGGCAGAAAAGCAGGUCAGCUGUUACUGCAGAACAGUGAACACCAAACUUCGCUUUGUUGAAGUUCAUGCCAAAACCUCGGCACAGAUAUGUAUGCCAGCAGACCCUCCAGCUUUUAAAGUUAGAGAAAUUGCUACAGUCAAUGCCCAAAAAUAAAAAAUGUUUUAGUACUCAUGUCAUUGACUAUUAAAAUAAUUCACCGCCUCUGUUUUGUAGCAAUGCUGCAAACAGGCCUGCUUCUCAGUGUUGCUUAACAGGUACUGAUAGGCUAGUUGACAAUUUAUGAUUUAGUUAAACAGCACACUUCAGAAAAAAAAAAGAAAAACAUGGAUAUGAAAGGGAAAAAAAUGACAUGCACACAUGUAUGUCUUUUUUUAUUUUUUUCUUGUCCGUGUCCAUUUUUUCUUUGUUUUUUAAAUUUACUGCUUAGCAAAAUUUCACGAAUUCUCAUUAUUUAGAGCGGAAAUGAUCUACACCACAGGCGGACAUGUUUAUAAAAUGGUGUGGGUGGCAGUUCAUGCGAGUGCAAGUCGGAAUAGAUGAGCGGGUCCAAGAAAUUCAGCUUCGAAUUAUCGGUCGAGGAGUGUAUCUGUAUAUAAAAAAAAAAGAUGCUGCCCUAAGUGGGAUGGAAAAAAAUAUUCUUAAAAUCAUUGACAUCAUAUGACAUUCGUAAACAAUUUAUGAAAAGUCGCAUAGAAUGAUGGACAAAAUGCAUAAGACGGGAUAGAUGCACUGAUACGGUAUGUUGUCAGCGCAUGUGUAUUGUACCUUGUUCUGCUUGCCAUUAAAAAAGAUAAACUAGUAUGCCAACUCAUCCAGUUUACUGCUAUUCUUAACCUGAAAGAAGCUCCUAAAAAUUGGAUGUUUUACGAUAAACUCGUAGAAGUUUGGCAGUUGGAAGCUAUGCAUUAGCGUAAUGUCCCAAAUUUGGAAGUUGGUAGUUUCUUGUAUUUGGGUCACUUUUGGAGCAAGAAACGUUCGUGAAACUUGCUCUCCGGAGUUCUUGGUUUCUUUGGAACACAGUGUAGUCUUCCUCUGCCAGAAAACAGUUUAAGGGAGGCGAUUACAUAUUGUCAACACAUUUUGUGAUGCGAUGCAAGCUGGUGCACGAACUUCAAGGCAGCCUUGGCACCCAUCUAUUGUUUCUGCAACUUUUGCAGCUUGCCGAGGCUCGUCUCACAGAAAGGUUUUACUAUUGUGGUUCACUAAUGCAGCUUAGCUUAGUAUUCCCUUUUAAUGUCUCUUUAAACAUCCUUAAUUUUAGCAGUGAAUUAAAAAAAAUAUCCACGACACCCGAAUAUAAGGGAUACUUAGCAUGUAUCACUAUAGAGUGUUCCAAAACUUGCGUGGUAAGGAGUUUGUAUAAUUGUGGCACCCUUUGUGUUUCACUUAGUUGCAUGCAGCCUGCAUGCAACUAAUGUUGUCCUAUCUUGUGCCAUUGCUACGUGGUUGGCAAAUUAUUAUGCAACCAUGUUUAAAACCACAGGAUGCGAAGUGUCAACGACAUGACUCACCUUUGUUGCCUGCUGCUUGUGUCGCACAUACAAGUCUCUCCAGUGCAAAUUACAAAUUAAAAGCUUUCAGCUUUUAUUUAAUCCUGCAUCAUAUGCCUUACAUAGAGAGACUGGGUGGUGUCCAUCCUGCAUUUUUCUUUAUGGUGUCCACUAUAUUAAUCCAGAUCAUGCUUGGGAAAAAGCGUAUGUUUUGCAUAUUAAACCAUGUUUUACACUGUG